AUGUCACUUUCCCAGCAGGAGUUCGAGAAGACCUGGGAAGCAGCAGGCGAGAACCAGGCUGCCCACGCCAUCGAUGCGGCCUGGAGACCCUAUCAACUAGUCAACUCAUCAUCCCACACAAGCAGACCUGAAUGCCAUGACACUACCCGGGCCGCCCUGGAACGAAGGAUCAAUUCCCUCGUCCAGGAUCCAACCAUAUCAAAAGCUUCCGCUUCCCAUCAUCUCAUAACCCUCCCAGCAAAUUGUAUCCCAUGGACACCUACAGGUCGGAAUCUCAAAACCGGCACCACUACCUCAAUCUUCUCCUCCGGACGACUCUGGCGCUCGAAGCUACUAGAUCUGUGGGUAGGUCCACAAUUCGGCGUCUGGUACCGUAUAGGAGUCAACGGCCGCGUCUUCAACUCCACGGCGGACUCCAAUACCUUCGUCACCGGCACGUCAGGCGAGCUUUACAUCGCCAAUCAAUUACCGGGCUGGUUCACGAACCCCAUCGGAGGCAGGGUGAGCGAUAAUCUGGGUGCUUAUCAUGCGACCGAAGGGAAUUUCGAACUGCUUGUUAUCGUCUGGAAGCCCGGGACAGACGUACAGAGUUUGUUUCAGAAGACGAGUUUACCCGACGAUUCACCUGGAGCGCCGUUUGUUAAGCAGGAGCUAGAUCGGGCGAAGACUGAAGAUGAGCGGCCUACGCCACCUGGGUCGACCAUCUACAUCUCUCCCGCUUCCGCCUCUACGACCACUACCGGUAUCGACCAAAGCAAAACUCCUUGCAUCCACUGCAAACCCUACCAAAACGUAGGCAUUAUCCAAACAGAUCUCGAACCCGCCAUACCCCUCAAACCCGGUACGAAAGUCUCGUGGGACUGGCUCCUCAUCUCCCUCCCAUCCCGCACCCGAGAAGAUUUAGACUUCACCCACGACUACCUCUCCGUCGCCUUCGAAUUCGAGAACGGAAGGGAUUUGACGUAUACCUGGUCCUGGGAACUCCCGGAGGAGUAUGGGUACUGGUGUCCCUUUUCCACCUGGACGGACCGGGAGUGCCAUGUCGUGAUUCGAUCAGAGACGAAAUUACUUGGGCAGUGGCUUGGUGAGAGUAGGGAUAUUUAUGCUGAUUACGUAAAGUAUAUCGAUGAUGGGAAGGGGGAUGUGGAGGCAAUUCCAAAGCAGGUUGUUAAAGUCUGGUUGAUUGCUGCUAAUAUGCUGCAGAAGCAUAAGGAGGAGAUGACUGUUAAGGAUCUGAAGAUUACAGGAAGGGAGGGCGCAGUGGUGGAGGUGAUAUGA